GCAGCACCAGGAUCCUGUAGCUGCGACUCCACAGAGAUUAGCACCAACACACUGUUGCUUUUUUCGGCUGAAUUUUUUGGGAGAAUAAAUUGAAGAGUAGCACUUGACUUUAUUGACGUGUUUUAUCGUUAAUCUUUCAUAUACGAGUGUGAGCCUUCUCUUAACCUGUCAGCGGGGGGAAAUGACAUGUCAACGGCCAAACUUGACGCCUGCGAGGACCGAACUCGACUGUAACGUCUGCGCUGCCGUUGGACCAAAGGAGACGGAGUGAACAGCAACAGCCAACUCAAGUUUAUUACUGUUUCCUCGAUAACAAAGGGGGACCCUUUCCUCCUCUUUUGGUGCGGUUAUUCGACGCCAUAGUGCCGCUAAAGGACUGGGACAGGUUUAAAAUGCAAGGCGUACUCGUCCACGGUGUUUGCAUUGUUAAAGGACAUGGAGCACGGAGAAGAACAGUUUGAGCAACAGUGAUUAACUCAUCAGGACCUCAGCUUCAUCGAGCCACCGCCGCCAGAUUGGAUCAACUAAAUGUAAAGGAUCGUUUGGUUCGAGCCACCAUGGAUAUCUUUCCCCGGCCGAGCGGUGAGAUCCAGAGGAGGAACCCUCAGCAUGACUUCGAGCUCAUUCAGAGGGUGGGAAGUGGCACAUAUGGGGACGUGUACAAGGCUCGAAACAUACAAACUGGAGAGCUUGCUGCUGUGAAGAUCAUAAAGUUGGAACCAGGGGAUGACUUUUCCAUCAUACAGCAGGAAAUCUUCAUGGUGAAGGAAUGCAUGCACCACAAUAUUGUGGCCUACUUUGGGAGCUACCUCUGUCGAGAGAAGCUUUGGAUAUGUAUGGAGUACUGUGGUGGAGGAUCUCUGCAGGACAUAUAUCAUGUGACGGGACCUCUCUCGGAGCUUCAGAUAGCAUACGUCUGCAGAGAGACCUUACAGGGUUUGGGAUAUCUGCACACCAAGGGCAAGAUGCACCGUGACAUCAAGGGUGCCAACAUACUUCUUACAGACAACGGAGAUGUGAAGUUAGCUGACUUUGGAGUUGCAGCCAAAAUAACAGCCACCAUUGCCAAAAGGAAGUCUUUCAUUGGAACACCUUAUUGGAUGGCUCCAGAAGUAGCAGCAGUAGAGAAGAACGGUGGCUACAAUCAGCUCUGUGAUAUCUGGGCUGUCGGCAUCACGUCCAUAGAGCUGGCCGAGCUUCAGCCUCCGAUGUUUGACCUACACCCCAUGAGGGCCUUGUUUUUGAUGUCAAAGAGCAGCUUCCAACCUCCGAAGCUAAAAGACAAAAACAAAUGGUCCACCGCCUUCCAUAACUUUGUCAAAGUGUCUCUGACAAAGAACCCAAAGAAGAGGCCCACGGCAGAAAAACUGCUAUCGCAUGUGUACGUGUCCCAGACGGGUUUGACUAGGAGGCUCGCUGUUGACCUCCUGGAUAAGAUGAACAACCCAGACAACCACCAGCAUUACAGUGAGGUGGACGAUGAUGACCUUGAGCCUCUCUCUGCGGUCAGACACACCAUCCGCUCCACCAACAAACAAGCCAGAGCUGAGAGGACGCGUUCAGAGAUAAACUCAAACAAUGGGACAGACCAAGGAGGGCCAUGCUCAAGUCCUAGCUUCACUGAGGGACACAGGGGGGACGCAGCGGUUGAUCUCGUCCCCUGCUCAGAGGUUGACAAGCUCCAGUUUGAACCACCACUCCGGAAGGAAACUGAGGCUCAUUCUGAAAUGGAUGUGAGUAAAGAUAAUGACUUCCCUUCACCCUGGAGUCCAUUUGCAGAGGGAGGAAUAACAACCAGAAGGAGCCUCCUCAAAAGCGUUGAGGAUGAAUUGUUCCAACGGGGACACGUCGCCCAUCUCGAAGAUGCCUUUGAAGAAAUGGAGCUGUCAACCCUCAAGCCAGGUGUUCCUCCUCCUCUGCCCCCGAAGCCACGAUUAAACAGCUCAUCAGAGGAGCUAGGCCUUAACGACGAGAGGUCUCUGACGGUUCGGAGGUUCCCCAACUCUGAGAACGGACCGAGCCAGGUGGUUCGCAGACAGAGCACACCUGAGCACCUGGGCAACAAGGCGGAGAACUCGUCUCCAGAUUUCCUCUCUGUCAGCGUCAGCAGCCCCGGACUUUUGUCUCAUGCCUCUGAUCCUGCUCUCAGUAAAUCAGAAUAUAAAGAUAAUGAUUCAGAUGAGUGUGUGAAUGGAGGCAGCCCCAAACAGCCACCCAACCGACAGCACCGGAAGGAGAAAAAGGAAUUCCCUAAACCAGCCAUCAACGGUCUUCCACCCACUCCCAAAGUGCUGAUGGGAGCCUGUUUCUCUAAAGUGUUUGAUGGCUGUCCACUGAAGAUCAACUGUGCCACAUCAUGGAUUCAUCCUGACACCAAAGAUCAGUACCUAAUCUUUGGGACAGAGGAUGGCAUCUAUACGCUGAAUCUUAAUGAGCUGCAUGAAGCCACAAUGGAGCAGCUGUUCCCGAGGAAGUGUACAUGGCUGUACGUUAUCAACAACAACCUGAUGUCUUUAUCUGAAGGGAAAACCUUCCAGCUGUACUCCCAUAAUCUCAUCGGGCUGUUCGAGCAGCUGAAGAAGCCCGGCCUCGCUGCUCAGUUCCAGACUCACCGCUUCCCAGACAAAAUCCUACCCAGGAGGUUUGCCUUGACAACUAAGAUCCCCGACACAAAGGGCUGUCACAAAUGCUGCAUUGUGAGAAAUCCAUAUACUGGCCACAAGUACCUGUGCGGAGCACUGCAGUCUGGGAUUGUCCUGCUGCAGUGGUAUGAGCCCAUGCAAAGGUUUAUGCUCAUCAAGCACUUUGACUUCCCUCUUCCCAGCCCACUGAAGGUGUUUGAGAUGCUGGUGGUCCCGGAGCAGGAGUAUCCUCUGGUGUGCGUGGCCAUCAGCCAGGGCACCGAGCCGAGCCAGGUGGUCCGCUUUGAGACCAUCAACCUCAACUCCUGCUCCUCCUGGUUCACAGAGAUGGGAACAACUCAUCAGCAAGUGGACGCAAUCCAUGUCACCCAGCUGGAGAGAGACACAGUGUUGGUGUGUUUGGACCAAAAUUUGAAGAUUGUUAAUCUCCAGGGCCGACUGAAGUCCAACAAGAAGCUGGCAUCUGAGCUCAGCUUCGACUUCUGCAUCGGAUCUGUUGUGUGCCUUCAGGACAGCGUUCUGGCCUUCUGGAAACACGGCAUGCAGGGAAAGAGCUUCAAGUCUAAUGAGGUGACCCAGGAGAUCUGUGAUCCAAGCAGAGUCUUCCGCCUCCUCGGAUCUGACAGGGUGGUGGUUUUGGAGAGCCGACCCACAGACAACCCCACGGCCCUGAGCAACCUCUACAUCUUAGCAGGUCACGAGAACAGUUACUGAGCCUCUCCUCGGAGAAAAGCGGUCAACAUGCCUCAGUAUUUGGGAGAAAACUCCAGACUCUCACCUGUGCAGGGAAGCGUCUGGUUUAAAACAGUUAUUGGGAGCUUUUGUUACUGAUCACGGAACGGACAGGUCAGUGAUAAGAGGAGCCUCAUCAGCGUGGAUUCAUGAGUAGCCUUACAUCAGUUUACUGUAGCUCCGCUCAUCACAAACUGUCAACGAGCAGACAGUGGAGAAACAAUAAAAGCUCAGAUGAACAUUGUUACUUAGAAUUUUCUCACUCUUCUGUACUGUGGACUGAGUUACAAGUUAUCUAGAGGUAUUAUUGACGAAAGUGCCAUUAAGAUUCACAAGAAUUUGUGAUUGUAUUAGCGAAACAGUGGGAGAUUUAUUGUGUUAUUAUCGUCUGUAACAUGUCGCUCAUAAUCACCGCCAGAGGCAAACGCUUGUCGGCUUGAGAGGAGAUUUUACCAACUCUGUAGUCAAACUAAUAGCUCAGUUUAAACAGAAACCCACGAGCAUUGUGGGUUAUUUAAGCAAUAUUUAUUAACCUCCUGAUAAGUGAUAGGGUAUGUUUGAUUUACAGACCGUGUUAGCAGACAGUGACAGAGCGGUCCUGCUGUGUAAGGAUUAACUACCUAGUGAACAGCUCCUGAGCAGCUUUGGGUUAUUUUUACUGCUAAUGUAAUAUAGUCGCUUCUCUCCUGCUCUGCUGCGUUUUUAGAAGUUGGAUAUAAUGUAAAUUGUUUUUCCUCUUUACCUUCCUCUUUUAUAGACCUUUUACUUCUCAUUAUUUGCACCAUGUAAGCACUUUUGUACAUUUUUUUAUUUAAAAUAAAAUGACAAAAUGAGGGACGAUGCUAGGUUUUUGUUAACAUCUUUGCAUUCCCCUUCGCAAAAUGUUUAAUGUAUGCUGGGUUUUUUUUUGUAAUAAAAAAAAAGCUGUUGUUAACAAGAUGACACAAA